GGUCAAAUCGUAAUAAGAAGUAUAGUUCAUUAGUUUAUGGGAUUUUUUCAUGCCUACAAAUAUCAUACUCUUAAUAAUUUUUAAUCCAACUAUACAUGAGUAGAUUAAAGAAAGAUGAUAAUGUCAUCCCUAAGCCCAUGGAGCCCUUAAUGUUCCUUACUAGUCAGUUUUUCAUCAUAAUUCUUACUUCAUCUAUACAUAGAGACAUGGAGAAGUGACCUAACAGCUACCGUCAUAGAAUAUGAUUUUCACUAGCAUUCUCCUUGUAUAAUUCAAAAAGCAAGAAGACAGAAAAAUGGCUCAUAUGAGCAGUUUUUCAACAUCUGCUGCUCUAUAAAUACUACUUCCUGACUCGGCUGAAGAAGAAAGACAAAGAGUUGGAUAAGAAAAAUGGAGAGAGGCAAAAGAGUUAGUGAAACACAUGUCAUGGUCUUUCCUAGCCCAGUACAGAGUCACAUAAACCCUAUGCUCCAAUUCUCCAAGCGCCUAAUCUCCAAAGGUCUCAAGGUCACCCUUGUUGCAACUACCUCCAUUGAUGCCAAGUCCAUGCCCACCUCCAUCAAUAUUGAGCUCAUCCCCGACGGCCUUGACAGAAAGGAGAAGAAAAGUGUUGAUGCCUCUAUGCAGCUCUUUGAAACUGUAGUUUCACAAAGCUUACCUGAGCUUAUAGAGAAACACAGUAAGUCUGAUCAUCCUGCUAAUGUUCUUGUGUAUGAUGCAAGCAUGCCAUGGGCACAUGGCAUAGCUGAAAGACUUGGCCUAGUUGGAGCUGCUUUCUUCACUCAGUCUUGCGCUGUUACAGCCAUCUAUCACUAUGUCAGUCAGGGGGUGGAGAUUCCUGUAAAAGGACCGACGUUACCUAUGCCUUUUAUGCCACCACUAGGUAUUGAUGAUCUGCCAUCAUUUGUCAAGGAUCCAGGCUCAUACCCGGCUGUAUGGAGCCUCAUUUCUAAACAAGUCUCAACUUUCCAGAAAGUGAAAUGGGCCUUGUUCAACUCUUUCGACAAGUUGGAAGAUGAAGUUGUGAAAUGGUUGGCGAACCACCAAUCAGUCAAGACAAUAGGACCAACCAUUCCUUCAAUGUACUUAGACAAGAGGUUGGAGGAUGACAAAGACUAUGGCCUUAGUCUUUUCAAGCCUAAUACCGACACCUGCGUUACGUGGCUGGACACAAAGGAUAUCAACUCUGUGGUUUAUGUAUCUUUUGGAAGCAUGGCGUCACUGGGAGAAGAGCAGAUGGAGGAACUAGCAUGGGGCCUGAAGAGGAGCAACAGCUACUUCUUGUGGGUAGUUAGAGAAUCCGAAGAGGAAAAGCUUCCUACCAAUUUUGUGGAGGAGACAUCUGAGAAGGGUCUGUUUGUGAGUUGGUGUCAUCAAGUGGAAGUUCUGGCUCACAAAGCAGUAGGAUGUUUCAUGACUCACUGUGGAUGGAACUCAACGCUUGAAGCCCUGAGCCAGGGAGUGCCAAUGAUAGCCAUGCCUUGUUGGGCAGAUCAACCAACUAAUGCUAAGUUUGUGGAGGAUGUUUGGGAAGUAGGGGUCAGAGUUAAGGUGGAUGAAAAGGGAAUUGCCAAAAGAGAGGAAAUAGAGGAGUGUAUAAGGGAAGUCAUGGAGGGAGAAAGAGGUAAUGAAAUGAAAAGGAAUGGUGAGAAGUGGAAGGAGUUGGGCAAAGAGGCAGUAGAUGAAGGAGGAAGCUCUGAUAGCAACAUUGAAGAAUUUGUUGCACAACUAGUCUGCAGCUGAUGUUGAUUUGAACAGCAAUAAUUGUUGUCCAUGCAAAUAUAUAUUUAUUGGAUAAGCUAUGUUGAUUUGAAUAACAAUAAUUGUUGUCCAUGCAAA